UGAGCUCAAACCAGAGCAGUCAUGCUCCUGAGUACCCGGACUGCCAAGAAGGGGGAAAUGAAGCCAGUCUGCUGGUGUCCCCUCUGGUGGUGGCUGGCAUCGUCAUCGGCCUGGUGCUCUUUCUGUCCUGCGUCACCAUCAUUGUGGGCAGUCUGCGCAAGGACAGUCGACUGCGCAACCCACAUCUGCGUGCCAGCUAUGCUCCAGAUGGCCUCUCAUAUGGUGGCUCCAUUGGAGAGCUGAGGUCCACUUGUGUUGAGGAUUUUCCUCCUGCUUUUGACUUUGACUCUUAUGUGGAGACUCUGUCUCAAGUCAACGUCAUGUACCCAGAUUCCCCACCUCAUUAUGAUGAGUGUGUGGGACAAGGGACGCAGAUAUAUGUUCCUACAGACGAUCCACCACCCUACUCCCUCACAGACCCGUGUCGGGAUCAAUACAUGGAGGAUCUCCCCGCUGGUGCGUCCUGGGUGUCCGCCAGUGGCUCGUCCCGUUACCCGAGCAGACUACAGAACUUCAGGCACCAGCCGGUGGCCUCCAUCUCUUUAUCAGCUUUACCUUUAGACGAGGCACCGCCAUACGAGGCAGUAAUGAGUGAACAAAACCAGCCUCUUCCCCUGAUGCCUCUGGAUCUGCUCAAACACACAACAGCGGACAGCAGUGCUCAGGACAGCGUUUCCCACCGGAUCCUGUAAUAAUCCCGGCACACUCAUGCAUCCCCUGUUAACCAAAACCAGCUUUGAGAGGAACUGCUCUGUGUGGCUGAGCGUCCAGAGCUGAAGAAGGCCACUUUACCUCUCUGAGGCCCACACAGACACUGCACCUCCUGCUUGACCUGACACAGCCAGAGCACAGGGCUAUCGACCACCCUUUUGUGUGCAUUACCUCACCUUGUCUUUUGGCUUGUAGUGUAAUUAGAUGUUAAAUGUGUGUCUUAUUGUUAGACAUGGAGUGCGGUCACAUUUACUGGUGCUUGGCACAAUUUUGCAGGUGAAACUCACUUCAGUGUGAUUGGUAGUUUUGCGUGAGAGCAAAGUGUAAUGCUGCAACACCAGAGGCUGCGCUUUUAGUUCUAGAACCAUUUUUUUAUUCAAUUCAAUUCUUGUUUAUUUCUAUAGAGCUUUUACAAUGUCGAUUGUGUCAAAGCAGCUUAACAUAGAAGUUCUAGUAAAUUGAAACAGUGUCAGUCCAGUUUUCAGAGUUGAGGUUCAGUUUACUUCAGUUCAGUGCAGUUUAAAUUUCAUUGCUAAAAGUCCAAACAUUGAAGAGUAAAUGUCCCAAAGUCCCAACCAACCAAGCAAGCCAGCCCUACUGAAAAAAACAGCUUAAAC